GGUAACAUAAACACUUUUCCUGGGGAGUUACGGUUAGAAGUGAGCUAACUACGCUACCUCGGAAGAAGUGUUUUCACUUGUUUUAAGCCUGUCGUUGGAAUGCGAGGAGAGUUGCAAUAAUUACUGGAUCAUCAUGUCCAAACGGGGGAUUAUACUUUCCAGUCCAGAAGCGGAUCGGUGUCCCGGUACGCUGAGCAGAAGAUAAUGGGCGCAAGCGCAUCGUUGUCCAUCUGUACCGACAGAUCUUCAGUGAGAGUCCUGAAGCCCAUUUCUAAGGUCGGCCCAACCCAGCUUUCAGAGUCUGAAAAGCCCCCCAGUUGUGUUUUUGGUGUUACUUUGGAAAAACUAAGGCAAGAUGGGCAGAUGAUCUCAGGAAUACCUCUUGUAUUAAAAGACAUGGUGGAGUACCUGGAUAAGAAUGGGCUGCAGCACAGAGGCUUGUUCCGUCUGUGUGGAUCGGUGGUGCGGACCCGGCAGCUGAGGCAGCGGUGGGAUCAUGGAGAGCGGGUUGACCUGGAACACGAGGGCGAUGUGCCCACUGUUGCCUCCCUCCUCAAGCUCUUUUUUCGAGAGCUGCCUGUCCCCAUAGUUCCUGACUCCUUGCGCAAACAGAUGGUUCUGAGCCUAACAGGAUAUGCAGAUGAGUCAGAGCUGAACCAGAGACUGAAAGAAGAUCUUUGGCACCUCCCUGAUGCCAAUAUUUUGUCUUACCUCAUUGACUUUCUGUCCAGAGUAGCCACUCGCAGCCAAUUAAAUCACAUGCCUUUGGAAAAUCUGGCAAUGAUCUUUGGGCCGUGCAUAUUUCGUGUUCCAGCAGGUCCCAGGAUGCUGCAGGAGCAGAGUGUGUGUAACGCCCUGUUGCUCCACCUUCUCAGGCACCAAGCCGUUCUCUUUCCAGUCCCAUCUGAGGCCUCUGCUGCCUCCAUUGGCUCUUCAUCUCCCCCUCCCCCUGCUCUCUCUCCUCUCUCCCACUUUGAGGUUCAAUCCAACAGCUGGGACUCAGAGCAAAGCAGCAUGGGGAGAGUUGAGGGAGACGCUUCAGUCACUGAGACCAGUGCUUUUGAACGACCAACUUGGAUGCAACUCAACAGCUCUGACGUCAGUACUGACAUUCAGGCACGGAUUGCAAACCAGGAGGCUCGGAAGGGGAGCAGAGCGGCCGGCUGCCCCGCUGACCCGGAGCCAGAGCUGCUGCAGCAGCAGAGCAGACAGGCUGCAGACGUCCAAACGGAGCCACCGGGGAUGGACUGUCCAAUGACCUUUUCACAGACGCCACAAAUACCACCAUUAAAAGAGAAAGAGAUGGAAGAAGUAAAGACGGCUUCCUCACCCAUCAAAGAUACCUGUUCGGCUUCUCCAGAUGCAGGAAAAAACAGGAAUAUAGCAACUGAAUCACCAGAUAAAACACAAAGCCAACAUGCAGAGAGUCUGCUGUGCUGCUUGAAUUACAAAAAAGAAGAUAAAGCCACAGUCUCUCAGUACAAGAGAAGUAGAGGAGGAGGAUGUCUUGGUUCCCCUGACAUACAUAGUGAUGUUAACGGCGCUAACAGCUAUGACAGUCCCUCCCUCAAGCUACAAGCUCUGGAAGCUGAUUCAGGACCCCCACCAGAGCUAGUGGACCCCCAAGCUCCGUAUAACCCUCCUGCUCAGCAACAGCCUCCGUCUGCUGAAGCACACCACCUUUAUUUGGGCUACACACCGCCUUUGUCCCCAUCCCAGGAGCAGCACACAGUCAACUCCUCAAAACCUGUUCACAUGCCAGCUCCGACCGCAUCGGAAGCCAGCCCCGUAUUUUCCUCCGACUCUUGUUCCGAGGAACUUUCAGGAGAAGGUCGAUUGCUGAGUCCACCAGUCCCCAAUGCCAGUCCGCUUCUUUCUUAUUUUACGACAAGCGACUGCCCCAUUCCUUCCCCACGUUAUCACGGUCUGCGCUACAGCGUAGACCCUGAAACAGUUCCGUCUCCACUGCGCUCACAGCACAUACGCAUGGCUCGCUGCAGUGUCUAUACAGAGCAAGGUGAUGGGUCUUUGUCCAACUCAAAGCUCAAUAGACACAUUCACACUCUCAGAAAGAGAAUCAGACGUUUUGAGGAACAGUUUGAACAGGAGAGGCGCUAUAAGCCGGCUUACAAUGACAAAACUGCACAUCCAGAAGUGGCCAAACUGUUGAAGGAGCUCAUUAAGAGUCGCAAGCAGCUAAAAGAGAUGAACCUGAGACAGUCAGAAGAAUCAGGACUGAAGGGAGUUCGAGGUUUCAGUCCCAGACAUGAAACAUGGAGGACAAAUAUAGACCAGAGGGAGCCUGCACCAAGAGGAAUGGGGCUGCAGCAACUUAAUAACAACAGCAACGCCAAAGCCAAUGUAGAGGAAACAGUCAACACGAUCGCUAACAGGCUGAAGGAAAGACGGCGAGAGCUGGGCCUGCCUGACAGCAUUAAGGAGAUGUCCCAUUUCCAGAUGGGCAUGGAGAAGACCUGCAUGCAGAAGUGCUUGCUCUACUUUGAGGGUCUGCACGGGCGCCCGAGUACCAAGCAGGAGCGCACACUGAUGAAACCUUUCUACGAUCGCUACCGUCUUCUCAAGCAGCUGCUUUACUCUGCUUCCACAGCAGCCAUUACAACCAUAGAAGAAGAGGAAGACUCUGAUGAAGAACACAGCAAACAGCGAAGCCCCAGGACGCCACUUUGGUUGAGAUCGCCCGGGUGUGUGUCCUCAAACGAGCUGCAAUUUUUGCCUUCCCUGGAAAUGUCUGAAACGCCCCUGGUUUCUCCGCUGGACGAGUUGAAGAGUGUCCAGUCACAGAUCAACACCAUGGCAACAUUGCAUGAAGCUUCAAGACAAGAAUUACUGGAUCAUCUCAGGAUGGUUCGAUUAGAGAAGCGGAGACUUCACCAAGUGCUCCGGGAGUUUGAAGACCAUUUCUACAUUCAGACUGGCAGGGCUUGUCAGAAAGAGGACCGUGGACCAAUGGCAGAGGAGUACUGCCAGUAUAAGAACCUCAAAGCCAAGCUCCGUCUACUGGAGGCCCUGCUCAGUAAAAAACAGGACUCAACCAAGACAAGUUGAGUUACUCACAGUGGGACUUUUAUUCAACCUAACAGAACUCAGUCACUUCAGAAAAAAUAGGUUGUUAAGCUGAUGAGUCAUGUUUCAUGCUGUGCUCAUUAUGUAAAUGCACUUUACAAGAAGAAAACUGAUAGAAACUGUUGACAGUCUGAAUAAAUACUUGCCCAAAAACGCAUCCCUCAUCAUUCAGGCCGCAGAUGAUGGACCCAUUACAACAAGUCUAGGCUAUGUAGCACAACUCUAUAUUUUAAAGAUGAACUGUUGUGUUAACUCGAUGUUGGUUAUGUUUGAGUCAUUUUAUGAUCAUUUCAUGUCCACUAUGACACUUUGUAACUCACUUUUUUUCCCCAUGUCAAAAUACAGUUUUUGUCCAUAUUUAAUGAGUAAACUGCAUUUAUGAAAGUGCUGCCUUGGCAAAAAAAAAGGAAAUUUAAAAAAGAAUGCACAAGCUUAAAUACAAUAAGUGAGGCGAUCUUGCAGUGUUUGUGCAUGUCAGUUUUUUAGUCCUACAUUGUGCUAUGAUAUGCAUUCAGAAUUUCAUACAUGAUCAAAGCUGUGACCAUGAGAUUUAAAUGUUGAUGUUGGAAAAUAUGCUUUGAACGUAGGCAUCAUAGUGCAAGUUUUUGCUGUCAAAUAUGUGUUUGCCCUCCUUUUUUCCUCAUGAAAUUUCCCGCCUGUUUUGACAAUGAUCGGAGCUUUUGCCAUUGUGCACUUCUGGUUUAUAUAGUUUUCUAUAUAUUUCUCUAUAUAUGAAUGUAUAAAAAAAACAAAAUAAAUAUUUUUUCACAUUUAUUCUGCUAAACACAGUUUAUGGUUCUAUUUUCUUUCGUUCCACUGACAACAACAUAAGAGUGACUGUUUCAGAGAAGGUUACCAUGGUUAAAGUUCUGUCAAUUUUCUCAUGCUCGUGAGAACU